GACAAAAGGAAACCUUCCAUCUCUCUCUCUCUCUCUCUCUAAAAAUUCCAGUUCUUAGAUUCAUCCAUCCGAGCUCGAUUUCAGCUUCUUCAAGCUUAAAGCGUUCAAAGGACUGAGGAAUGGCCGCAAUGUUCUUCGCUUUUCACGUUCUCUCCAUGUGAUUUCUGACACCUACUUUCUCUCGCUCAUCACCAUCCUUCAGCUGGCCGCAAUCAUUGUUCCGGUUUCCGUCUGGAGUUUCGUCGGGGAGCGAUGGCGGCGUCUACGUCAAGAGGACGGAGCAGCUCGCCGUUUCACCACCGGAAGCCGUCGAGUCCGUACUCGUCGUCUUCGUCUUCGUCGUCUCUGGCGAACGGUAGGAUCGUGCCUCGGUCGUGCUCGUCCUCGGCGACGUCGUUCUACGGCUCAGGUAAUGGGCAUAAGUCCAGAUCCAGGACGCCAACGCGGAAUCGUGGUGAUUCGGGAUACUCGGGAGGUUACGGAAAUCACACGGAAGUUCAUUUUCCGUCCGCGGAUGAGCUGCUUGCCGAGCAGGUGGAUACGUCUAGAGCAGGUGAUAGCAUAUCUGUGACGAUCAGGUUUCGGCCUAUGAAUGACCGGGAAUACCAUAGAGGGGAUGAGAACGCAUGGUAUGCAGAAGGUGAUAAAAUUGUAAGGAACGAGUAUCAUCCGGCCACCGCUUAUGCAUUCGAUAGAGUGUUUGGACCUGAUACACAUACUCAGGAGGUUUAUGAAGUAGCUGCUAGACCAGUGGUCAAGGCAGCAAUGGAAGGGAUAAACGGGACUGUAUUUGCUUAUGGUGUUACAAGUAGCGGAAAGACACAUACUAUGCAUGGAGAUCAUAGUUCACCUGGAAUAAUUCCACUGGCAAUAAAGGAUGUUUUCAGCAUUAUACAAGAUACUCCUGGCCGUGAAUUUUUGCUUCGAGUUUCAUAUAUCGAGAUAUAUAACGAGGUGAUCAACGACUUGCUUGAUCCUACUGGCCAGAAUUUGCGUGUUAGAGAAGAUGCUCAGGUUUUUUUCUUGUGCCCUACAUUUUUUCGGGGUGGGGCUGCAUUUGGUGCAUCCUUAAUUUAAAUUUUAUUUUCAUUCCCUUCCCCAUUUGAGUACUUUGAGAGUUGACCAUAAGGGCCAACAUCGUUGCACCAAGUGCUCCCUGCCUUGCCAUGAGGGAACACCAAUAUGUACACAACCUUCUCCUAACAUUUGUUUCCACGGAUGAGAAUUUUGCACACACCUCACACACAGAAAUCUGAUAUUCUUUGAUGGAUUUUAAGUGAUGAAAAAGAAAUUUCAAUUGAUUUCCAAUGCCUGUAGAGCUUUGAGAUUCAUGGUGGAGCCUAACACUGCUACUGUUAAUGUUUCUACUCUGUGAGAUUUCCUUAUGUGUGUAGGGUACUUACGUGGAGGGUAUAAAGGAGGAAGUUGUUUUGUCUCCGGGUCAUGUACUGUCAUUCAUUGCUGCUGGGGAAGAGCAUCGUCACGUCGGUUCAAAUAAUUUUAAUCUGUUUAGUAGCCGCAGUCACACAAUAUUUUCAUUAAUGAUUGAAAGUAGUGCCCAUGGAGAUGACUAUGAUGGAGUAAUAUUUUCACAACUUAACUUAAUUGAUUUAGCUGGAUCAGAGAGCUCAAAAACAGAAACAACUGGAUUGAGGAGAAAGGAAGGAUCUUUCAUAAACAAAAGUCUUCUGACUCUUGGAACUGUUAUUGGAAAGUUAAGCGAAGGGAAGGCAUCACAUAUUCCGUAUCGAGACUCAAAGCUUACCCGCCUCUUACAGUCGUCAUUGAGUGGGCAUGGACAUGUUUCUCUUAUAUGCACAAUUACUCCUGCCUCAAGCAAUAUGGAAGAAACACACAACACAUUAAAAUUUGCAAACAGGGCUAAAUGUGUUGAAAUAUAUGCCUCACGCAAUAAGAUUAUUGAUGAGAAAUCUUUGAUUAAGAAGUAUCAAAAAGAAAUCUCAUGUCUCAAACAAGAACUUGAUCAGUUCAGGAGGGGAAUGCUCGUGGGUGUGAGUCAUGAAGAAAUUAUGAGCUUAAGACAACAGUUGGAAGAAGGACAAGUGAAAAUGCAAUCAAGAUUGGAGGAGGAAGAGGAAGCCAAAGCUGCACUACUGAGUAGAAUCCAGAGGCUUACCAAGCUAAUACUUGUUUCUUCAAAGAAUUCAAUUCCUGGGUACUUGGGUGAUGGGUCCAGUUCUCAUCAACGAAGCCAUUCUGCUUCCGAAGAUGAUAAACUGGAUGUUCUGCGCGAGGGUUCUUUGCUCAUAGACCAUGAGAAUCAGAAUAACCCAUCAUCAGAAACUUCUGGUUUUAAUCACAGAAGAUCUUCCAGCAAAUGGAAUGAUGAUAGCUCACAAGCUGGCAGUACAAUUACAGAAUCCACGCAAGUUGGUGAACUUAUUAGUGUUUCAUCAUGUGGUCCAAAACUGCCCAUAGAAGGGAUAAGCAUGGCUGAUCAGAUCGAUCUUCUAGUUGAGCAAGUCAAGAUGCUUGCUGGAGAGAUUGCAUUUGGCAUGAGCACAUUAAAACGUGUAAAGGAGCAGUCUGCAAAUGAUCCAGAAAACUCGAAAAGUCAGAUUGAAACUCUUGAGCGUGAAAUUCAAGAGAAGCAAAUGCAAAUGAGGAUUUUAGAACAACGCAUUGUAGAAAGUGGUGAAGCAGCUAGUGGUAAUGCAUCAGUGGUUGAAAUGCAAAAGGCACUGCUGAAAUUGAUGACCCAAUGUAGUGAAAAGGGUUUUGAGCUUGAGAUAAAAUCCGCAGACAAUCGUAUCCUUCAAGAACAGUUGGAGAGCAUGUGUUUAGAGAACAAGGAAUUGAUGGAAAAAAUCAGUCAACUAGAGCAGCAGUUGGGUGCAUCAAAGACUGACAAGGUGUCCCCUUCUGAAAAAUGCUUUUCUGAUUAUACAGAUGAACUGAGAAAGAUAAUUCAAACCCAGGAGAUUGAGAACGAGAGAUUAAAGUUAGAAGGUGUUCAGAUUGUAGAGGAGAACAGUGGGUUGCGUGUACAAAAUCAGAAAUUGUCUGAAGAAUCAUCGUAUGCAAAGGAAUUGGCAUCUGCAGCUGCAGUUGAAUUGAAGAACUUAGCUGAAGAGGUCACCAAGCUAUCACUGCAUAAUGCGAAACUUGAAAAAGAAUUAUCAGCAACUUCUCGAGAGCUAUUGACUUCCAGGAGUUUCAAUAUGCAGUCGGGUAAUGGUGCAAACCGCAAGUAUGGGGACAGUGCAAGGACAGGUCGUAGAGGUCGCAUGAUUGGCCGAAUAAAUGAAGGUAGCCAUGAUGAACUUGACACAUGGGAGUUGGACAUUGAAGAUCUAAAGAGAGAAUUGCAGGCAAGGAAACAACGGGAGGCAUCCUUAGAGUCUGUAUUGGCUGAGAAGGAAAUUGUAGAAGGUGAGUAUAGGAAGAAGUUUGAUGAGGCAAAGAAAAGGGAGGCUGCCCUUGAAAAUGAUUUGGCUAAUAUGUGGGUACUAGUUGCACAACUUAAGAAAGAAAGUACUGCUGGACAAGAGGCAAAGACCACGGAUGUUCAAAAUGGGGUGGAUUGUUUAAAUCGGGUGAAAGUUAAUGAAGUUGAAUGCAAGAAUCUUAUCUCCAAGGAUACCCAAUCCGUUGACUAUAAAGCUCCACCUUCCGACAUCUCAAGGGAAGAGCCUCUUGUUGCUCGCUUGAAGGCAAGAAUGCAAGAGAUGAAGGAAAAGGAGCACAAGUAUACGGGGAAUGGGGAUGCAAAUUCGCAUGUGUGCAAAGUGUGCUUCGAAUCUCCUGCCGCUGCAAUGCUUCUUCCUUGCCGUCAUUUUUGCUUGUGCAAAUCGUGUUCACUAGCUUGCGUCGAAUGUCCACUUUGUCGGACAAAGAUUGCCGAUAGGAUUUUUGCUUUUACCUAAAAGAGAGUUUCAUUGCAAGCCAUAUCUUAUUCAGAAAGAGAGAGAAGUGGAGAUUCUUCCAUAACAUUUAUGAGGUACAGCGCAAUUCUUUGAUUAUUAGUUGGCAACACUUGAACCUUGGGGGGGGGGGGUGUAUACGGGUUUCUAUUUUCAUUUCUGUAUUUCUCCACCACCCUUAAGCAACUGUAAAAAUAAGAAAUGUCUGUAAAUUUGGGACUGAACGAGAGUUGAGUUUUGCAUCUGAAACGUUUGCUCGUGUAAAUCUCUACAAUGUGUUCAACGAAAGAGCAAAUGUGAGUUUUUGUGAAUUGCUAUUUCAUUCUUGCAAUGAGAACUGCUGUGAGAUAUU